CCAGGCCCGGCGGGGGCGGGGCCGGGGCCGGGCUGGCGAGGCCGGGCCGGGCCGCAGGGCGGCCGCCGGGAUGCGGGGCUGGCGGAGGAACCUCGCGCUCUGCCUGCAGCGGCUGCCGGACGAAGACGAUGGGCCUUAUUCCAAAGGAGGCAAGGACGUAGGAGGGGCCGACAUGGCCCUGGCAUGCCGCAGACAGAGCAUUCCAGAGGAGUUCCGAGGGGUCACGGUGGUGGAGCUGAUCAAGAAAGAAGGCAGCACGCUGGGUCUGACUAUCUCAGGUGGCACCGACAAGGACGGGAAGCCCAGGGUCUCCAACCUGAGACCUGGGGGGCUCGCAGCCCGGAGUGACCUGCUGAACGUGGGUGACUACAUUCGGUCAGUGAAUGGGAUCCACCUGACCAGGCUCCGCCAUGAUGAGAUCAUCACCCUGCUCAAGAAUGUGGGGGAGCGCGUGGUGCUGGAGGUGGAGUAUGAGCUGCCCCCGCCCGCCCCUGAGAACAACCCAGGGAUCAUCUCAAAGACAGUGGACGUCUCCCUCUACAAGGAGGGCAGUAGCUUUGGCUUUGUCCUCAGAGGUGGUGCCCAUGAAGACGGGCACAAGUCCCGCCCGCUUGUCCUGACCUACGUGCGGCCCGGCGGCCCUGCCGACAGGGAGGGCUCCUUGAAGGUGGGCGACAGGCUGCUCAGCGUUGAUGGGAUCCCGCUGCAGGGGGCCAGCCAUGCCGCUGCCCUGGCCACCCUGCGGCAGUGCAGCCACGAGGCACUCUUCCAGGUGGAGUACGACGUGGCCGUCCCAGAUGUGGUGGCCGGCACUGCCGGGCCCUCGACAGUGGAAAUAACCAAGACUCCGGGGUCCACCCUGGGGAUCUCGCUCACCACCAGCUCCCACCGGGACAGGCCGGUCCUCACCAUCGACCGCGUCAAGCCGGCCAGCGUGGUGGACAGGAGUGGGGCCCUGCAUGCUGGAGACCGCAUCCUGUCCAUUGACGGCACCAGCACAGAGCGCUGCUCGCUGCUCGAGGCCACCAAGCUCCUGGCCAGCGUGUCGGAGAAAGUGCGGCUGGAGGUCCUGCCUGCACCCCGAAGUCAAACGCCCCUGAAGCCCUCAGAGGCAGUGAAGGUGCAGAGGAGCGAGCAGCCGCGUCGCUGGGACCCCUGCGUGCCCUCCUGCCGCGGCCCCCGGCCCGGCCACUGCAAGGCGCCCAGCUGGGCCGCACCUGGCGGCCAGGACCAGAGCCGAUCCUCGUCCUCGACUCCCUUUUCCUCGCCGACUGUAAACCACGCCUUGCCCUGCACCAACCCCAGCACCCUUCCCCGUGGGUCCCAGCCUAUGAGCCCCCAGACCACGAUGGGGCGGAGGAGGCAGCGAAGAAGGGAACAUAAGAGUUCAUUGUCGCUGGCCUCCAGCACGGUGGGGCCCGGUGGGCAGAUCGUGCACGCGGAGACCACGGAAGUCGUGCUCUGCGGAGACCCCCUCAGCGGCUUCGGCCUGCAGCUCCAGGGCGGCAUCUUCGCCACCGAGACCCUGUCCUCCCCGCCCCUCGUGCGCUUCAUCGAGCCUGACAGCCCAGCUGACAGGUGUGGGCUGCUACAGGUUGGGGACCGCGUCCUGUCCAUCAACGGCAUCGCCACCGAGGACGGGACGAUGGAGGAAGCCAACCAGCUGCUUCGGGAUGCUGCGCUGGCCCACAGGGUCGUGCUGGAGGUCGAGUUUGACGUGGCCGAGUCCGUCGUCCCGAGCAGCGGCACCUUCCACGUGAAGCUGCCCAAGAGGCGCGGCGUGGAGCUGGGCGUCACCCUCAGCUCAGCCAGCAGGAAGCGAGGGGAGCCCCUGAUCAUCUCUGACGUCAAGAAGGGCAGUGUGGCACACAGGACCGGCACCCUCGAGCCAGGUGACAGGCUGCUGGCCAUCGACAAUACCCGCCUGGACAGUUGUCCCCUGGAGGACGCCGUGCAAAUCCUGCAGCAGUGCGAGGACCUGGUGAGGCUGAAGGUCCGCAAGGAUGAGGACAACUCUGAUGAGCAGGAGAUGACGGGUGCCAUCAGCUACACGGUGGAGCUGAAGCGCUACGGGGGCCCCUUGGGCAUCACCAUCUCGGGCACGGAGGAGCCUUUUGACCCCAUUGUCAUCUCGGGCCUCACCAAGCGAGGUCUGGCUGAGAGGACUGGCGCUAUCCACGUUGGAGACCGUAUUCUGGCCAUCAACAGUGUUAGCCUCAAGGGCCGCCCGCUGAGUGAGGCCAUCCACCUCCUGCAGGUGGCUGGCGAGACCGUCACACUGAAGAUCAAGAAACAGCUAGAGCGCCCCCUCCCACCCCGCAAGUCGGGCAGCCUCAGCGAGGCCAGCAAUGCGGAUGACGACCCGCCCGAGGCGCUCAAAGGAGGCCUGCUGGCAGCCCGGUUCCCACCGGCCGUGCCCAGUGUGGAAAGCGCCGUGGAGUCCUGGGACAGCUCGGCAACAGAGGGUGGCUUUGGGGGCCCAGGUUCCUACAUUCCACAGGCAGCAGCCCGGGGCGUGACCCCCCAGGAGUGGCGGCCCAUCCGGCUGAGAAGCAGCCCCCCACCCAGUGAGCCCCGGAGGACGAGCUACAUGCCGGCCCCUGCCGACGAGAACUUCCCUGAAGAGGAAGAGGAGGAGGAUUGGGAGCCACCAACUAGCCCAGCCCCCGGCCCCGCCCGCGAGGAGGGCUUCUGGCAUGUGUUCGGGGAAGCCCUCGAAGACCUGGAGUCGUGUGAUCAAUCAGAGCUGCUGAGGGAACUGGAGGCAUCCAUCAUGACGGGCACCGUGCAGAGCGUGGCCCUUCAGGGCAGGCCUGGCCGCCGGCCAUGGCGGAGGGGCCGGGAGGUACGAACUUCCCCCGAAGCGAUGCAGGAGCUGCUGCUGCCGACACCCUUGGAGAUGCACAAGGUGACCCUGCACAAGGACCCCAAGCAGAAUGACUUUGGUUUCAGCGUGUCAGACGGCCUCCUGGAGAAGGGCGUCUAUGUCCACACUGUGCGCCCUGAUGGACCAGCCCAACGUGGGGGCCUCCGGCCCUUCGACAGAGUCCUGCAGGUCAACCAGGUUCGCACACGGGACUUCGACUGCUGCCUGGCAGUGCCGCUGCUGGCUGAGGCGGGCGACGUCCUGGAGCUGGUCAUCAGCCGUAAUCCGCUGGCCCAGAGCAGCUGGGCCCCGCGAGCGCCAGGCCCCAGUAGCCCCCGGAUGCUCUGAAGUCAGUGCAUGGUCCGGACACCCAAGGGGCCACCCAGGCAGAUCUGGAUCCCAGACCUGUAGCUGGGCUGGAGAAGUGCCACCCCCUUGUCCAUCUGUUGGUCUGGCAGGCUCUGAGCUGCGGACAGGACUUUGUCUCUGUUCUUUGGUUCUGUGGUAACUGGGGUGCCAGGGAGUCAGGUCCCUGCCCCAGUUGGAGUGACAUCUAGGUCUUUCUCCAUGUUGGGUCUCCAAGAUGCCCAGAGGUGCCCAGCCCAAUAGGGGUUGAGACAGUCUGCUCAACUAGGAGAAAAGGGUCCCGGGUGGGGGCCCAGGUGCCUGCAGGGUCUCCUUAGAAGGGUGUCCGGUGUGGAGAAUGUCUGGCUCAGUGAGGGAAUGCUUUCUCCCAGCACAGUUUUCGAGCUGUCAUGAGCUGCCAGGGAGAGGUGAGCUCCCUGUCACAGGAGGUGAGCAAGUGGGAGCUGUGUAGCCCCAGUGCAGUCACAGACUAAGGUGGAAGACAUCGUGGUGAUGCUUCCAUACUGGCACAGGUGGUUAGUUUCCUGACAGGGGGAGCAUUUAGGGCGAGGCUGGGGGCCACUUCAUCUAGAGAGCCGACUGCCAGGAGGGAUGUCGCUUGGGGUAGGAGGCUACCUCCUUCCCUUCUCCAGAGUUCUGGUGUCUGGGGCUUGCUGGUUCCGAGAUUCUCGGAUCCCGAGCUUCCCCACUUAGGAGAUUGUGAGCGUGGGCGUCUAGACUCCCAGGAAGGGCUGGCCCGUUGGUUAUGAAAGUCAGUGAUUUUUUCAUGCCUGUGUCUGUUCUGAGACGGCAGUUCUGGGCCUGUCAGGCAAGCCCAGCGUCAGGCCUCUGGCUCAGUGCCUCCUGCUGCUUUUGUAGGACGCGUGGCCGCAGGCCCGUCCGCAUACACCCCUCUCGGCCCAGGCCCCUCAGUGGGGAGGAGUCAUUUGGGGACAAAAGACCCGAGACGUUUCGUUCACCUGCCAUUUCAGUGAAGAUGGGAAACCAUGGAAAUAUGAUCUGUGGGCUGAUACAGCUCCUCUCCAGUGUCUGAAUUGGUGGAGGAGGAGAAGGAGGGAGAGAGAAGCCCAGAGAUGGAGAGGGAGAGAGAUAGCCUAGAAAGAUGGGCUGUUCUCUCUCACGCCGAAUGGCAACAAUGUCCAAAGUGGUCAUUCGAAGAAGUUUAAUCCCACUUGAAAUCUGGAAGCAACAGCAUUCCUUAAAAUUGUUUUCCUCAUUUCCUGAAAACCAGAAACACCUUUACUUUUGAGACGGGCACGGGGUCUCACGUGGUGGUCUGGGCUGCGGCCCCUGUGAUGGAGGGGGGCAGGCGGGAUUCACCCAGGUCUGGGGAUUUACAUUGUCCCUGCCCAGCUCUUAACGGGGUCUCAGGAAAACGGGGGGGGCAACCAUCCCACCUGCAUCCUCUUCCACCCCUGCGUCCCCUGGAGGCCCAAAAAACACUCCUCCACUCAAGGGACCGGACGGGGGGGUCAAGAGGUCUGUGUUUUUUGCCCUGGGUCACUGCUUGGUGGCUCUGUGACCCCCUCCAAGUCUGACCCCCUCUGGACAAUCAAGGGGUCAAUCAGUCUCUGAGCAGGUACUGGUCUCCUUUUCACAGCCAGACCAUCUCUGCCCACUGAGGCCCACUUGGCACCCUGCCCACACUCUCCCAGAGGGCCUGCCUCCCCUCCCUCUACCCUCCCUUUCCCCAUGCCCUGCCCCUCCGCACCCUCCCUGGAGAGCCCUUCGUGCCACGGCUGGACUGCCCAGUGCCUCUGCUACCUUGAAUUCCUGUGUAAACAUCCACCCAGGGUGAAAGGGCACUGCCCACCCAUCACAGGGACACCAAGCAAAAGCCAAGAGUCCUCAGCUUAGGGGUUGGGGGCGGCACAGCAGAGACACGGCCACUGGCGGCCUCAGCUGUGUGACUUUAGGCAAGUGGCCCAGACUGUGGGCCUCUGUCAAGUGACGGGGCCUCUUGGCUUGGGAAAGCUGCAUCCGACUGCAGGUGAGGGAAGCUGUGUCCCAACCCUGAUUGCCGCCCCCUCCCUCCUCAGCUGAGGCCUCCCCAUUCCUCCAGACAUAUGCAACCAGGCCCGGCGGUGGGCUCCCCGCGCCGGCCUGCUCAUAUGCAAUAUUUCUCCUAGCUUCUCAUGGGGGUGGUUCGCCCUACACCUGAUGCUUCCUGACACCCAUCCCUGGUGAGCUCCUGCCUGCCUAUGCAUUUCGGGUACAGCCCCUGCGACGUGCCCCCUGCACCCCUGAAAGCUGUAUUUUUCUCUGGCUGAGAUCAGAACAUAUUCCUUGUGAAGUAUUUUUCUACAUGGGGUUUUCUUAGGGCUCUCGGGAAGCACAACAUGCCGAGGGGCUGCACUGCAAGGCUGUUUGGGGUCUGUUUGGGGCCUACAUGUAAAUCUCUGCCACCAGGGUUAUGGUGACUUGG